AUGGAACCGGAGCCGACCCUUGCCUCUCUCCUCGAGGCUAUCCAAACCCUCACCAGCCAAGUUGGGUCCUUGCAGGCCCAAAUCCACACUCAAGGCCAACAGCUCUCUGAGCUCAAAGCCAUAUGCAAGGAGACCAACGACCUUGUUGGAGACAAGGAUCAGGGCGGAGCCCAAGCCAAGCCUGGCCCAUCGACUGGGCCUAUCACUCCCCCCACCCAUACAGGGGGAGAAGCGCACACUCCAGGAACGAUUAGACCUGGACUCAAGGCCCCCUUCCGCCCUUCCAGAGGCACAGGUUUUGACUCCAAGGAAGAAGAGGAGCCAAGAAGAGCCCCCAAAAAGGAGCCUAUGGGAACGCCUAAACGCUCCCUUAGUUCCCUCACCCCCUUUGACUCCGGGUCCUUGGUGAAACAACCCAAAAUGGAGUUACCGGACCCUUAUAAGGGAGAUACCAGGGGAAGGAAGGCCACACAAUGGCUCGAUCGGAUGCUACUUUGGGUUGCCCUACACAGGGAUCAAUUUGAUGAGGAGGAACAGAUGGUGGUAUGGAUUUUAUACCACAUGACAGACAAGGCCGCCGACUGGGCCCUCCCCAUCAUUGGAACCAUCAUCAAGGGCGAGGGAAAUCCUCCAACCACCAUCCCGGCCUUAACGGCCAAGUUCAAAGAAGCCUUCGCCGACCCAGACGCAAAGAGGGCGGCCGCCAGGAAGAUUGCCGCACUAACUCAGACCACAACCACGUCUGAGUACGUCACCGAAUUCCGCAACCUCAUGGCGGAACUUGACUGGAACACUGAGGCAUACAUUGCCCAGUUUACGCGCGGCCUUCACUGGAAGGUGAAAGAACUCUUGUCCACUAAGGACAAUAUUCCCGACGACGACCUAGAGGCCAUAUUUGCCGCCUCGGUCAAAAUUGACAACACUCGUCGGGAAAACAAGGAAAACCGUCCUAAGAAGCUCCCUGCCAAGUCCCCGGCCACCGUGGCCACUUCCACCACUACCACCACUCAACGGGUCUGCCUUUCAGAGGACCCUAAUUAUGUCACACCAGAAGAAAGGGAUUGCCGCCGCGCGUCUGGCCUUUGUGUCAAGUGCGGCCAGAAGGGCCACGGAAUCAAACAGUGCCCCAACGGCUGGAAAGCCACGAUCAAGGAGGUUGCCAAGCCCCCAACUCCAAAAAAGGACUUUGUAGAUAAUCUUGUAGAAUUUGUUUCUGGAGAACCCAUCAAGACCCUCAUAGACUCCGGCGCCACCUCUAAUUUUAUAUCCCCCAUUGUGGUAGAAAAACUCAAAAUUCCAAAAACCCUACUUGAAAAUCCACGAGUAGUGAGGAUGCUAGAUGGUACAAUUUCCCAGACUGGUCGCAUUUGGCACCAGGUUCACCUUGCGGUCUUGGCCAAUGGCCAUUCCCACUCCAUCCCUUUUCUUGUUUGCCCUAUUGGCAAAACACCGGCUAUAUUAGGCAUGACUUGGUUAACGGCGGAAGCCCCCCUUAUUGACUGGCAACAGGGCCUGGUCACAUUUCCGGAGCAAGCUCAAAUUGCUUCUGAGGAAGAAGCGGACUCAGACCCCUUAGCAGACCUUCCCCCUCAAUAUCAGGAGUUUGCUAAAGUUUUUGGCGAGGAAGAUUUCAAGGUCCUCCCUCCACAUAGGGAGUAUGAUAUUGCCAUAGACCUGGUCCCAGACGCCAAACUGUCCCCUGGUCCCAUAUACGGCAUGACUGAUGCGGAAUCAAAAGCUCUGAAACAACACAUUGAUGAAGAGCUAGCAACAGGCAAGAUCCGCCCCAGUACCUCAUCAGCCGGUGCCCCUGUAAUGUUUGUAAAAAAGGCAGAUGGAUCCCUCAGGCUUGUUGUGGAUUACAGGAAGCUAAAUGACAUCACGCACAAGAACGUCUACCCUCUCCCUAGACAGGAUGACCUCAUGGCUAAACUACGGAACGCCAAACUGUUUACCAAGCUGGACCUUCGCUGGGGUUAUAACAACGUCAGGAUCAAGGAAGGAGAUGAAUGGAAGACGGCAUUCAGAACUAAAUACGGACUGUUCAAAUACCUGGUUAUGCCCUUUGGCCUCACAAACGCUCCAGCCGCCUUCCAACACUUCAUGAAUGACUUGUUUAGGGAUCUCAUCGACGUUACAGUGAUCAUCUACUUGGACGAUAUACUAAUCUUCUCAGAGGACCCUAGGGAACACCCGAAACAUGUCAGGGAGGUCCUAUCACGGCUAAUGAAGAACCAGCUAUUUUGUAAAUUGUCCAAGUGCCAUUUCCACGUCACCACCGUUGACUACCUUGGCAUUGUCAUAUCCCCCGCCAGUUUUUCCAUGGAUCAAAAGAAGAUUGAGGCAGUCACUUCAUGGCCCCAACCUAGAACGGUCAAGCAGGUCCAGGCCUUUCUAGGAUUUGUCAAUUACCUCCGACGUUUCAUUCCCAAUUUUAGCAUGGUCGCGCGUCCCCUCCACAACCUCACUAAGAAGGAAACCCCCUGGUCAUGGGGUAAAUUGGAAGAAGACGCGUUUCAGGAAUUAAAGGCCCUUGUCACCAGAUCCCCGGUCCUCAUUCACUCCAACCCCAAACUACCAUAUUACCUUGAAACAGACGCAUCAGGAGUAGCCAUGGGGGCCAUACUGAGCCAACGAGGGGAGGAUAACCGGCUUCAUCCAAUUGCAUACAUGUCCAAGUCCUUCUUGGGUGCUGAGGCUAACUAUGAUACGCAUGACAAAGAACUACUAGCUAUCAUUAAGGCUCUGGAGGAAUGGAGGAUCUUCUUGGAAGCCACGGACAAACCAGUACAGGUGUUCACAGAUCAUUGCAACCUUGAAUAUUGGAUGCAGGCUAGAACCUUUAACCAACGACAUGCUAGAUGGCGCGUAUUCCUGAGUGAUUUCAAUUUUGAGAUACAUUAUUGCCCAGGGAAACAAUCGGGAAAGCCUGACGCCUUAUCCAGGAGAUCAGAUUAUACGGAUACGCCCCAGGAGCCAGAGGUUAUGCUACCAGCCAAGGUAUUUGCCAACACAUCAGAGGAGGAACUUGAAAUUGUCACCAAAGUCCAGAACAAACUAAGGGAGGACCCAUCCCUAGAACCCAUCAUCCAGUUUCUGACAGAAGACGCUGACAACGCACCCCCCUCUAUCCAAAAGGCCUACCGAGACUAUGACUGGGAGGAAGACCUUCUAUGGUACCAAGGGAAACUAGUAGUCCCAGACUCGGAGCCCCUGAAAGAACAACUGCUUAAGGAAUUCCACGAUUCCCCACUGGCAGGCCACCCAGGACAACAAAGGACACUGGAAUUAAUCAGCAGGUCUUACUGGUGGCCCGGUAUGAAGUCUUCAGCUAAGGAAUGGGUUGAAUGCUGCCCAGUAUGCCAAGCCAAUCGACGUGCUCAUGCACCAACCAUUGCCCUCAAACCUUUAGAAGUACCCCCGUUCCCUUUUCAUACCAUCUCAUACGAUUUCAUUACGGGCUUCCCUAAGUCAAACGGGCACAAUGCAAUACUAGUAGUCAUCGACUCCUUCUUGAAGUUUGGACACUUCAUACCAACCACAAAGAAGGUCACAGCCAAGGGCCUUGCCGACUUGUUCAUUAGUCAUGUCUGGAAACUACACGGAUUACCGGUCAAAACCAUCUCGGACCGGGGAACAACGUUCACAGGGAAAUUCCUAAGGGCUCUGUACCAACGUCUUGGAGUCAAACCAGCCUUCUCCUCAGCCUACCACCCAGAAUCGGACGGCCAAACAGAAAGGGUGAAUCAGUUCAUAGAAUUCUACCUCAGAUCAUAUGUUGCCGCCAAUCACUUGGACUGGGCUACCUGGUUACCGCUAGCGGAAUAUGCCUACAAUAACGCAACGCACUCCGCCACCGGAAGAACCCCUUUCAAAUUAGUUUAUGGGAGAAAUCCCGUCAUGAAUCCAUCUAACGUUCCUGCCAACGUCCCAGAAGCUGAUCAAGUGGCCGAUACACUAGCCCGAGAAUGGCAAGAGGCGGAAUCAGCACUCAGGAUGACCAAGGAGCGCAUGACAGGCACAAAAGGAGUGGUACCAAGAUAUUCUGUUGGCAAAAAAGUCUGGCUGGACGGAAAAAACGUGGAACUUAGGACAAACUCCAACAAGCUAGAUCCAAAACGGCUAGGACCGUUUGAAGUCACCGAAAAAAUCUCCAGUCACGCGUACCGCCUCAAGCUACCGGAAACUCUGAAAAUUCAUGACGUGUUCUACGUAGGAUUGUUAUCUAAGGUACACGAAUCCCCAAGCCAACCAUUCCCGGAACAACCUCCCCCUGAAACAAUAGAGGGAGAAGAGGAAUACAAGGUAGAACAGAUCAUUGACUCAAAGAGGCAACGGGGAAAAUGGUUUUACUUAAUCAAGUGGAAAGGAUAUGGACCUGAGGACAACUCAUGGGAGCCAGAGGAGCUACUUGAGCAUAGUCAAGAAGAGAUUGAACGCUUCAACAAGUCACGACUGAAAAAGGCUCGUGACUCCGCCAAGAGCCUUUAA